AUGCUUGCCAAUUCAGCCAGCGUGCGGAUUCUCAUCAAGGGAGGCAAGGUGGUGAACGAUGACUGCACCCACGAGGCCGACGUCUACAUCGAGAACGGCAUCAUCCAGCAGGUGGGCCGGGAGCUCAUGAUUCCCGGAGGGGCCAAGGUGAUCGACGCCACAGGGAAGCUGGUGAUCCCUGGAGGCAUCGACACCAGCACCCACUUCCACCAGACCUUCAUGAACGCCACGUGCGUGGACGACUUCUACCAUGGCACCAAGGCGGCGCUCGUGGGAGGCACCACCAUGGUCAUGGGCCACGUCCUGCCUGACAAGGACACCUCCCUUGUGGAUGCCUAUGAGAAGUGCCGGGCCCUGGCCGACCCCAAGGUCUGCUGCGACUACGCCCUCCACGUGGGGAUCACCUGGUGGGCGCCCAAGGUGAAAGCAGAAAUGGAGACCCUGGUGAGAGAGAAGGGCGUCAACUCCUUCCAGAUGUUCAUGACCUACAAGGACUUGUACAUGCUCCGGGACAGCGAGCUGUACCAAGUGCUACACGCGUGCAAAGACAUUGGGGCCAUUGCCCGGGUCCACGCUGAAAACGGGGAACUGGUGGCCGAGGGUGCUAAGGAGGCCCUGGAUCUGGGGAUCACAGGCCCAGAAGGAAUCGAGAUCAGCCGUCCGGAGGAGCUGGAAGCGGAAGCUGCUCACCGUGUCAUCACCAUCGCCAACAGGACUCAUUGUCCGAUCUACCUGGUCAACGUGUCCAGCAUCUCGGCUGGUGAUGUUAUCGCAGCUGCUAAGAUGCAAGGGAAGGUCGUGCUGGCCGAGACCACCACGGCCCACGCCACGCUGACCGGCCUGCACUACUACCACCAGGACUGGGCCCACGCGGCCGCCUACGUCACGGUGCCUCCCCUGAGGCUGGACACCAACACCUCCACCUACCUCAUGAGCCUGCUGGCCAAUGAUACUCUCAACAUCGUGGCGUCGGAUCACCGGCCGUUCACCACGAAGCAGAAGGCCAUGGGCAAGGAGGACUUCACCAAGAUCCCGCACGGAGUGAGCGGCGUGCAGGACCGCAUGAGCGUCGUGUGGGAGAGAGGCGUGGUCGGAGGAAAAAUGGAUGAGAACCGUUUUGUGGCCGUCACCAGUUCCAACGCAGCUAAGAUUCUCAACCUGUAUCCCCGCAAGGGCCGCAUCAUCCCAGGCGCCGACGCCGACGUGGUGGUGUGGGACCCGGAAGCCACCAAGACCAUCUCGGCCAGCACCCAGGUGCAGGGGGGAGACUUCAACCUGUACGAGAACAUGCGCUGUCACGGCGUGCCCCUGGUCACCAUCAGCCGGGGCCGUGUCGUCUACGAGAACGGCGUCUUCAUGUGCGCCGAGGGCACCGGCAAGUUCUGCCCGCUGAGGUCCUUCCCAGACACGGUCUACAAGAAGUUGGUUCAGAGAGAGAAGACCUUGAAGAUGAAGGGAGUGGACCGCACUCCCUACCUGGGGGACGUCGCCGUUGUCGUGCAUACGGGGAAAAAGGAGAUGGGCACGCCGCUGGCCGACACGCCCACGCGGCCCGUCACCCGGCACGGGGGCAUGCGGGACCUCCACGAGUCCAGCUUCAGCCUCUCGGGUUCUCAGAUCGACGACCACGUUCCAAAGCGAGCCUCGGCCCGGAUCCUCGCGCCCCCUGGCGGCAGGUCAAGCGGCAUUUGGUAA